AUGCCAGUGCGUGUACUCUGUCUUCACGGGCAAGGAGUGAACUCAGCCGUCUUCCAGAAACAGACACAGAGCCUACGCGAGAUGCUGCCUGCAGAUUACGAUUUCCGUUUCUUCGACGGCAAAUACGAAUGCGAACCGGCGGAGGAAGUGCGCGAUUACUACCAGCCCCCGUAUCUUACUUGGUACAACACCCCGACCGUGGAGAAAGUCAAGGACGCGCAUGAGCAAAUCCGGCAGAUCAUCGAGAGCCACGGCCCCUUUGAUGCAGUCAUGGGCUUCAGCCAGGGCGCUGCUGUAGCAGCCUCUCUACUGUUGCACGAGGAGCUAGAAUCGAAGCCACUGUCCUUCAAAGCCGCAAUAUUCAUCGGCUCGCCCAUACCAUUUGCCAGAACUACGCAAGUGGGCAUUGAUGCGCGCUCUUACUUUGGCGUUCCCAACACGCUUCCAAAUGCGCACGCUCGCCCGAGCCGCAUACCACCCCACUUGCUGACGGACCCUGCGUAUUUGCGCAAUCCCGCGCAGCUGGAGCGAGUUUCGUGCGAUAACGUGCAAUAUCAGAUGUUUCACCCCAUGGCUGACGAGGUGCGCAUCACGUUGCCGACGGGACAUGUCAUGGGUAUGCAGGAUAAAUGGUUGUGCCACAGUAAGGAUUUGGUUGGGCUGUGUCAGGAGGAUUGCAGGGUGGUAUUGCAGCACCACGGUGGGCAUGAGGUACCUAGGGCUUACACGGAAGAGAUUUGUGAUGUUGUUGAGACGGUGUUCGGAGGACUGCUGUAG